AGUCCUACUUCAUUCUAGCUUCAAGAGUUCAAUCCUAUAAUCUAAACCAGCCAGUAAAACCACCAAAUAAACGAUAACCAGCAUGAUUCCAAGCCUAUAAUUCUAAAUGGCUUCACGUCGUCGUCGUCGUCUUUGCGUCGCCGGACCUGUAGCCACUGAUUUGGGUGUCAGAGACAGACGAUGACGCUUUUUCACUUCUUCAACUGUGCGAUUCUCACAUUCGGUCCUCACGCCGUCUACUACUCCGCCACUCCCUUAUCUGAAUAUGAUACACUUGGAACCUCCGUGAAAGCUGCUGUUGUUUACCUUGCUACUGCAUUGGUUAAGCUUGUUUGUUUGGCGACUUUUCUGCAAGUAUCUGAGACUGAAGUAUUUGACCCAUACCAGGAAGCAUUGAAAGCAAUGAUUGGCUUCAUAGAUGUUGCUGGUCUAUAUUAUGCUCUGGCCCAGCUGACACACAGGAACAUCUCCCAAAACCAUAAGUUUCAAGCUGUUGGCCUUGGAUGGGCAUUCGCAGAUUCUGUUUUGCACAGGUUGGCACCUCUCUGGGUCGGUGCUCGAGGACUGGAGUUCACUUGGGAUUAUGUUUUGCAAGGGCUUGAAGCCAAUGCAAAUCUGGUGUUCACGAUAUCUCUAGCUGCACUAGGUUCUUUGAUGUGGCUACGCAAGAACAAGCCGAAGAGUCUGAUCCCCAUCAUAUACACUUGUGCAAUCAUCAUCGCAACAAUGCCUUCAAUCACAAGCUAUCUAAAGAGAGUCAUGGGAUGGCAUUUCCCGAAAAUUGUUGGGUUUGAGCUUGUGACUUCUCUGGUAAUGGCUUUUAUCAGUUGUCAACUCUUCAUCCUCUGUCAGAGACCGUCUUUGUGAUUCCACUUCCCAGCAAGACCAAAACACAGUUCAACUGCUCUUUAGGCAGAGCUUUUUGUUAAUGCGAAACUCUUGCGAUUCAUCCUUGUUUUUCGCAGGACUCAGUUCGAUGGAAAACUUUGAUCAUUCCCAUCUUUAUUUGUAGAAGAAUAUUGAACCAUCUUUUCGUAACUUAUUGAUUUGGGAAGUGUCAUUCGUUGAAGCAUGGACUUAGAAUCAGAGUGAUAUGAACAAAAGUUUAUCUUACAA